AUGGGAGUUGAGUCUCUGGUUGUUGAUGUUAGACAGUCGCACAAGGCGAAGCGGCUGCUGCCCGUGUUGAUUCAGCCUCCUCCUCCUCCUCCUCUUCUUCUUCUUCCUCCUCUUCUUCCUCCUCCUGGUCUUCAGCACUGCUCCCCGCUGGACAGCUCCCGCUUGGACAUCCUCUCUAUAACGCUGCAUGGUCCCUUUAAGUCUUUUAAUGGAAGUAAAAUCUAUUUAUGUUCCAAGAAAUACUGGGAGUUUACAACUUCGUCCACAGGAGGAAUCUACGGAUACCUCGCUUCGAGAUUUGUGGCAGGCAGCGGAUCCUCGGCGGCACAGAUCCCACAUUCAUUGUGAGUAAAACUGGCUGCUAAAUUUUUUGCGUCUUGCCUGUGCGUGUGAGCGUGUUUGAACCACUCCAACAAUCCACUCUGCUAAAUGCAUGAUUUAUCUUCUGAAUUUCACCUCGGUAUGUGUGAUUAAAUUGUGAAUGAGACUGUCAAUAUGUUGCUGGGGUCAAUGUAAUGACUGCAUGAUGAGCUCUGCACCUACACGGUGUAGCCAAUUAAAUGCAGAAUUGAUUGGUGUUUGCCAGUCUAUUGGACGCUGCAAAAUGUGGAGACGCGUUCUGGUGCGUCUGAUAACGCGUUUGGUUCUCAAUUAAUCGGGCAGAAUGAGGAGGCUAUUCGUGCAGCUUGAUGCGUAAAGCUUUUACGCAUUGGACAUCCUUUUGUCUCCACGGUGCAAUUUGUGUUCCAGUUUGUUUGAAACCUCUCGUUAUCCCCGCUCCUUGAAAAACCUGGUUGUGAAGAACUGUUUGGAGAAUCUGCAGGUGGUAAUUGGUGGACUUGAUUAUGCUUAAUCCUCAUAGGCUAUUUGCUUUUGCCACGGCGCGUCUUGCGCUUGAGGUGCAUGUUUUGGAUUCUGCAAUUUGUCUUAAAGUUUUGCUUGCUAAUGAGGAUAUAAUUUCCUUUUACUUUUUUGGGGUUAUUCAAAUGUUGAUUCUUUUUUUUUUUUUUUUGGCUGCCGUGUGUGUUGAUCCGGUUUGUACUGCUGUUAAUUUACGCGCAAUCUGUCGUAUGUGUUUUAGUUCUGGGAUCAAGUCCAGCAUGACUUUGCCACCGAUGGUUUUUGAUGUUUGUUGAGUCAGAUAUGAAUGAAAAAUCCGGCAAGGGGCCAAACGUUUAAGAGCUGCUUCAAUCUGUGUAUUUUAGAUGCAUAUUUGCGCACAACCGUCAAUGUUUGGGUUAAUUAAUAUUGCUAUAUGAACCUGCCGAUGGCUGUAUAAAUGUUGUGCAAAAUGUGUUCACAUUUGCUUCACCAGUAACCAACAUUUUCAGCGCCUCCUGCAAAAAAAAAAAAAAAAAAAAAAAACGACCAACUGCUCUAUUCACGCUUCCAGGUUAACGGCGACUGACGAGCCGUGUGUGCACAGGCUUCAUCUCCAGACAUUUGGUCCAAAGGUUAGGUCUAAAAACCGCGAAGCUGCUGUCUACGUGGACUGGUGCUGA